UAAACCCCCCCCCCCCCAAUCCACUCCCCUCCACGUUCCUCUCUCCCUACCGCCGCCGGGCAAAGCCUAGGUGGAUCCGGCAGCGGUGGGACCUUGCUCCCUGGCGGCUUCCUGUCAGGACCAGAGUGCAGACAGCUACGUUCAAUUACAGAGUUCAGUUAAGCAACGGUUGAGAUUACUCCUCGCGUACCGCUUCGUCGUAGCCGUUAGAUAGUUACUGUAUUAAUUCCGUUGCCGGUUACUGUAGUUUCUCUUGUCGGUAAAAUCCUCUCGCUUAUAAAAGCUGCCGGGCUGUGGCUGAGCUGUAUGGAAUCUUCUUGCAACCUUGCCAUCGAGCAAAGCAUAUACUUUAGCUAAUAUACCUCAGAUCUGAGAUGAACUUUCCCCAAAUCCUACAUACACGCCCCUUAUAGAUCGACCGGGUCCUGACACUUCCCCCCUCGAGCAUGGGGACUCAACAAGGCUGACGAAGCUGAGCUUCUCCGAGCCUAGGGUUUCCUGACAGUGACCCUAGAUCAAGAGGGCCAAGCCUCUGGACCUGGUGCGGUGAGCAAGCGAGCGGCGCAGCGCGGCCUUGUGGGGGCGUGGCUGCGGCUACUUGGCUAUGCCCCCGGCGGAUCCUGGCGGCAGAGGGUGCGAGCCGGCGCAGCCAUGCCAUGGUCGGCGGUGGCCCCUGUGUCGGCACCACUAGCCCUGCUCGACGCAUUCCCCAGCGGUGGCUGACCUGGUUUGGCAGCCAUCUGGCUGGUGUUGCUUUGCACUGGUCGGUGCUUCCCUGCUUCGACGAUGAUAAUAUGUGGUUUCCCUCUCGGUGCUGGUGGUCCUCUACAGCGAUCUGCUUCCCCGUCUCCUAUCUGCCCCUGCUUCGGCAGUCUUGGGGGUCUGUGGUAAUGGGGCAGGGCAAAAUUCCUGCGCAGCAACGGGCCGGCACUGACAUUGACGACACCUGAGGGCGCCGUUACCUCCAUGGAGGCGCUGUCAUGACCCUGACUGGACCCUCUCCUCAAGCACCGGGGAAAACCCUUGGUCCAGUUCGCUGGACAAGGAAGCAGCAGCGUCUCAACGUCGUUCCCUUCUUGAAAGGGCUGCUUGGGUUGUGCUUGGAGUCCCCGAUGUGGCAGCUGGAGAUGGUGGCCUCCCCGGUCUUUCCAGCGAGGCUUGCUCGUAAUCGUUAUUGUGAUGUGGGCUGCAGCAUAGGGCGCGGCGUCUGGGGGGCAAUGUACCCCGGCAUCGGUGUGUCCAAGACGAUGGCUUCACUAGUUCCGGCCGGGUCCUGCCAUUCACCUGCCAACUCUCCUAGGCACAUGGGUGGAAGGUACGUUGGCCCGCCAACCCUGGAGAUGUGGUCUUCUUUGGAGGCGCCUGGCAACAGUAGUGACAAGGCCUUGAGGCUCCGAGUCUAGCUGCCUCGCCGUUCAUGGUUGGAGGCUGGACAAUAUGAGACGUUUUGUUGUUGCGGUCUGUAGUUGGUGACACCUCCUCACCUGCUCAUUUGGUGAUGACGGCGGUGUGUGUGUGUGUGCGUGUGUCCCUCCUGCAGGGAGGUUGUACCUGUACCUUUAUUCUCUUCUUGUUCAAAUCUUCUCGAAAAAUAUAUGUUAACACUAACAUUUUAAGCAGAAAAACAUUUUAUAAGAUGCUGCUUUGUAGUA